GAGGGAGACUGGGAUAAGUGGACAGAUUUCACAUAGAGCUCGCAUGAACCUCAGCAUCGUCCCCCCCCACACACACACAGGACUCAUUUCUGCUGUAAUAAACCACAGGAACAGCACCGCGGAACCCACGGUGUUCCUGGGCAGCAUGUGCGCCGCAUGGAAAUGUGAGAGAAAAAUAUUGGAGAUGAAGUGUGGGAGAAGCAACCGUGGCGAACUAUCAUGAUUUGCGAACACCUCGCGAUGGCGUUGUGCGUCGCGCUCCUUUGCCUUUUCUUGUGUCAGGGGGAAAGCAGCGGUAUUUCAGAGGCCGCUGGCCUUUCCCAGGAAGAUGGGGACUUGCGUGGGAUUUCAAGCAAAAAGCAACAAGUCUUACCUCAUCCAGAGUCCACAGAUGUCUUGUUUGAGCAAAUCAAAGAACUAGAAAGGCAUUGUCAGGAUGCAGAGGCUGAUGUAAUACCACUGCCAAGCCAAGCUUUGCAAAUAAGUGGCAACAAUCCAGCCAAGAAAAUGGACACACUAGGCCUCCCUGAAAUGUCUCCUACAUCCUUUAUGUCAAGACUUAGAACUGAGGUCACUGUGAAAAGUAACAAAGGGAGCAGAAUGAUUGAUGGGGAUGAUGGUGGUUUAAUUGAUGAUCACACUCUAGCACCCUAUUUAGAGGAAGAGAUGUCCGCAGACAGCCGAGUUCAGCCUGGAAGGACCUGGAGCGGCUCUGAACUGGUCAAAGAGUCUGAAAGCCGUCAGUCAGACAGGAGCCCUCGUCGCCGCAGGAGCUGGCUCUGGAACCAGUUCUUUGUGAUCGAGGAGUACAGAGGGCCAGAGCCUGUGCUCAUUGGCCGGCUGCACACAGAUAUGGACAGAGGGGACGGGCGCACCAAAUACAUGCUGGAGGGGGAGGGAGUCGGCUCUGUGUUUGUUAUUGACGGCAACACAGGGAACAUCCACGUUACCAAGUCUCUGGACAGAGAGGAGAAAGACGAAUAUCGUCUCAUAGCGACGGCCACAGACCGGGAGACCGGCCGUGCCCUGGAGCCCUCCUCGGAGUUCAUCAUCAGAGUACAGGACAUCAAUGACAACCCGCCUGUCUUCCCCAGUGAGCCUUACGUUGCCAUGGUGCCAGAGAUGGCCAACAUAGGCACAUCCAUAAUCCAGGUCACAGCCGUAGACGCAGAUGAUCCAGCAUAUGGAAACAGUGCCCGUCUGGUUUAUGGGAUAUUACAGGGCCAGGAGUUUUUCUCAGUGGACCCUCAAACAGGCAUCCUACGGACCGCGGUACCUGAUAUGGACAGAGAGACGCAGGAUGAAUAUCUGGUGGUCCUCCAGGCGAAAGACAUGGGCGGGCAUAUGGGUGGGUUGACGGGUACCACGACCGUCACUGUGAAGCUGACCGACGUAAACGAUAACCCGCCUCACUUCAGACGCAGCGCAUGGUCGUUCUCUGUGUCGGAGCUAGCUGCACCAGGUGUGGAAGUGGGCCGUCUCACUGCCACCGAUCCUGACCUGGGAAAAAACGCACAGCUGGAGUUUACCAUCCUGGAUGCAGAGGAGGCAGAGAUUUUCAACAUCACUCGGAGAGCCAAAGAGGCGGUCAUUGUCCUGAACAAGCUUCUGGAUUACGAAACACGCAAUUCAUACACUUUUUCCGUGGAAGUGGUGAACCCUUUUGUUGAUCCUCGGUUUAUACGGAAAGGACCCUUUAAGGACCAGGCAACGGUCCGGGUGAUGAUCCUUAAUGCCGACGAGCCGCCUCGAUUCUCCCAGGCGGUCUACCACCUGGAUGUGUCUGAGAACUGCCCUCCCGUCUGCGCCGUCGGCCGGGUCUACGCCGUGGAUCCAGAUACGGGACAAAGUGCCAACAUCAGGUACUCCAUCGAUCCCCAUUCAGACCCGGAGGCUUUGUUCCGGAUUGCCUCUGACACGGGUUUUAUCAGCGCCGUGAUGGAGUUGGACCGUGAGCAGGAGCAGUGGCAUAAUAUCUCAGUCAUCGCCACACGGAGGGACAACCCAAAUCUUGUGUCAAGGGCUGUGGUUGCCAUAGAAACACUAGACCAGAAUGACAAUGCGCCGGAGUUGGACAGGCAGUACGCAACAUCAGUAUGUGACUCCAGUGCCCCCGGUCAGGUGGUCCAGGUUCUAAGAGCAGUCGACAAGGAUCAGGGAGGACAGGAAACCCCGAUUCACUUCAGCAUCCCUACUGAGUCCAGCUCAUCUCUCAACCUCACCAUCAGAGAAUCCGGAGGUGUGACAGCCAGCCUGGUGCUGCAGUCAGCCUUGGAGCCCCUCCCUGACUUCUCUUCCUCUCUACUCACCCUCUACGUGCCAGUCGUGCUGCGUGACGGGGCCUCGGGUUUGACUAACACUGGCACAGUCACCGUGACCAUUUGUCCGUGUCUGCAAGGAGGCAUGCAGACUGAGAACAGGGGCAGACAGAGGGACCCGAGAUGGGAGAGGAAGGUAGUUUGCCUCCCCGCGCCGUCGGCCUCGCCGUCUCUCAUCUUCAGUUUGGUCACAUUGCUCGCCAUGCUGGCCUGUGUCACCACUCUGCUGGUGGUGUGUGCUCUCUCGCUGUCAUUGCGCCAUCAGAAGCGAGACUCCCACUCACCCUUUGAGGAGGAUGAUGUCAGGGAAAACAUCAUAUCCUACGAUGAUGAGGGGGGAGGGGAAGCAGACACUGCAGCCUUUGACAUCACAGCUUUGCAGAGCAUGCACAGAAUACAGCACAUGCACAGCAACGGGAACAUAUGGUACACCCAGCAGAAUCUGCCCAGAGCCAGGACGUACAGCUGGAGCCGUCACCCGCACCCUUCACUGGGCCCCCAGCAGAGGCCAGGCUCUGCCCCGCUCUACGGACGCCUCUGCUACGGCAUCCACACGCUGCCUGUUCUCAGAGAUUAUCCGGUCGGGCCACUGGAGGCGGGCCUUCAGCUAGAUCAGCUGACCCAGGGGCUCACAGGGGGUCACGCUGGCAAUCCCCUUCUCAUCCCAAACCAAAGCACCUUUGAGCCUCUGCUGCGCUCUCCUGAGAUGAGCCUUGGCGGUUUCGAAGCAGAGCAUAUGCUGGCAAAGAGCACAAUCGCGGACAGAAAUGAAAGCAGUGAAGCGAACGCAGCUGCCGCCAAAGGGGAUGAAGAGCAGGCCAAGAUAAACCUAACGGGAAAAGAGUCGACAGCAGCAAACAUCCCAGCGGAUCUGACCUACGAGUCCUCCUGCCAGAGUCACACCAGCUUAUCAUCAAACCAGCAAGAGGGCCGACCGGGAUCAUCCCAGACUCAGAUCAGCACUGGGGCCACCAGCACCACUGUGGAUGACAUUGAUACUGAUUCCUCCAUUCCCUCCAUUUCAGAGCAAAAUUAUUCAACCACCAGUCAGAUCAGGAGUGCAAACUCCCCCGCCUGCAUUAAAGGAGACACAUAUAGCAUUGUGGGCUCGCUGAACCCAGGAGGGAUGGGGGUGUGCAUCAACGGGACUAAUAGCAGUGGGCUGCAGCUGCUGAAUAUGGGAACACUGAAGGGGAAAGACAAGACUCCACAGAAUCUGACCUCACCGGGGGGUCUGUUUGGCAACAACAAAGCCUCUAUAACCGGAGCUCCAAACCCACAACCUCUUGGAAUGGAAGAACUCCUCAGCAUCCGCCUGGACCGGGUCACCUCUGAUCUGUCACAGCCGCCCUACGACUCACUUCAGACUUAUGAGUUUGAGGGUCGUGACUCCAGGGCGGGGUCGCUCAGUUCGCUGGAGAGCGACGGAGAGAAGGAGAACGAGAAGGUAGCAGGAGGGAUGGAUGAGCUCAAUCAGAAGUUUCAAAGGCUGGUGGAGAUCAUCCGAGAAAGGCAGAAGGAGAAGAAGACACAGGUGCAGGAGGGCGGUGAGACUGCAGAGGCUGCUCAUGCUGAGACUCAAAGACAAAGUGAGAACAAAGAAAAACAACAGCAGCGAUGGGAUUUCUAGACGCCAACACAAGAAAACAAGAGAGAGGAGAAAAAUCUUGGAUAUACAUGGAAUUUAAACACAAGGGUGACAGAAAAAAGCCUGCCCCUGACACAAAUGGGCUUUUGUUUCAUCCCUGUCGUAAUAAAUGAAGGCAACUGGUGGUGAAGAUCUGUGCAGCAAUCAGAUCAGUGUUGCUUUUCACUUUCACUCAAUUCAGAAAUGGGAAUCCUUCACUUUUUACACUAACUACUAAAAACGCACACGGGGCUACAGCUGCAGUUAGUCAUGAAAGCAUGUUUUUUUUUUUUUUUUAUAAAAACUGAAUUGUUAGAAAAAAGCACCAUCAGAUAGUGGAUAGGCGUUUGUGUCAGUCUCACAUUUUAAGGCAUUUAGAUCUUUGAGGAUGCAUUAGGAUAAAAACUGGAGAAACCACAUGAGAUUUGAGUGAAAUGAUCCGUACAUUGCAAAAAUAUUCAUAUCUCUUUAACUUUUUCACCUUUCAGCAACAAACUUCAGUUCUUUAGACUUGAUGUAAUAGACUGACACAAAGCAGAGCAGAAGGCAAAGCAGAAGAAAAGAAAUCCUCAGAGGUAAUAUUUGAUACUAAUUCAACCCAAACAUAAUUGUUAAAUAGAAGAGAUCAACAUGUACCAGUUUUUUAAGGCUAAUGCAGAUUAUUUUGAAAUCAUCUCACUCAUCCCAGAUACAAGAUGCUGUUCAUUUUGGGAUGAUUCUUCCUCCACUUCCUUGAUUAAAUGUAAAAAUGAUAACAAUCCUCCACAAGAUUCAGUUUAAGCAAAAAGAACAAACAUUUAGUAAAAAAAAGCUAAACAUUAAAAAGGAUAGGAAAUAGAGGGAGCGACCCUUCAUGCAACUCAUAUAAUCUUAAGGUGAGUUUAUAAGAACUUUUUUGCACCCCAUCAAUAUCUAACCCCAAUUCAACCUUUUCACCAGUUAAACAAACAUAACUGAUAAACAAUAAAUCAAACAUUGCUAUAAAACAAAAUAGAAAAAAUGUAAUCACUAAAACUACCAUCACUUUAAGUGCAAUUAUUGAAGUUUAGCUGUUUGUUCUUCUGUGCAAAAGCAUUGUUCAGUAAAUAAACAAAAAAAAACUUUCUAACUGGGUUAUUUACUUAUUUAGUUUCACAGAUAAUUCGGAUAGUUACAGAAUCUUAUUGCAUUCAAGUAAAAAAAAAUUGGUCUGUUUUUCUGAAUUAACAUGAUUAUGUAAAAUAAAUACGUUAUUAUUACUUUUAUUAAUAAAAUAAUAACGUUAUACUUUUCUAAAAUAAGAUAAACUGUGCAUAUACCAUGUGCAGUGCUCAGCGAGCUGGUAUUUUCACAAAGACGACAAACUAAUAGUGAUCGCAUCUCUCAUAACCCAGACACAAGAGAAUUUCCAAGUGUCUCAGUCUGAAAAAAGGAAAAAUUAACUGAACUAAACAAAUGGAACAUGUUUAAGUUGCUCUGAAAAAAAAGGUAGCCUCGUGAGACCAUCCUAAUCUCGCGAGCUUUCAAGAUUUCACUCGCUAAUUAGUCUGGAGACUCUCCGUUGAAGAAAAUUUGGAGCCGUUUACCAAACGAACAUCCA